AUGGUCUCUGCCAACCAGUGGCCUCCAGAGCUGAGAUUUGAAGGCAGAGGGGUGUUGACAAAAAUUACUUUGAAAAUUCAAUGGCAAGUUUUGAAGAUAUUGCCCAAAGGAAAAAGUGGUUCUGGAAAAGGGAGGAAAGAGGGAGCAGACUCUGGAAGUAACAGUUCUGACAAGAAGGCUCAGGGUCCCAAAGGUGGUGGCAAUGCAGUAAAGGUCAGACACAUUCUAUGUGAAAAACACAGCAAAAUCAUGGAAGCCAUGGAAAGGUUCAAGUCUGGAAUGAGAUUCAAUGAAGUAGCUGCACAAUAUAGUGAAGAUAAAGCCAGACAAGGGGGCGACUGGGAUUGGAUGACCGGAGGGUCCAUUGUGGGACCUUUUCAAGAAGUAGCAUUUGCCUUGCCUGUAAGUGGAAUGGAUAAACCUGUGUUCACAUACCCACCAGUUAAGACAAAAUUUGGAUAUCAUAUUAUUAUGGUUGAAGGGAGAAAACAAAUCAUAUGA